AUGUUAUACAAUUUUACAUAUCUAUUAGCAUUUUUGGUUUGCUAUAGUCAUGCUGACAGUAUGCUAUCAACAUGUCAAGUUGAAGAUGUUAGUUUUCUCUUACCUUGAUUACUCAAGUUAAUUUUGAAUUUAGAUACUUUUCGCGGUUCCUCAAUACCAAUGUCCAACUAAUUACACACUUUUUAACCGAUAUAAUGGUGCUUAUUGUAUUCAAGUUUUUUACAAUACUACUGUGAAUUAUACUUCUGCUUUGUCUCAAUGUAUUUCAAUUAAUGCAACUCUAUCAAGUAUCGAGAAUUACAACGAAGCAUACUUUAUUUUAUCACAAUCUCAAACCUUGUCAAGAAAUGUGAGCGGAGGUGUUUGGAUUGGUGGAUUACGAAGAUCAGUUUGUUAUGGAAGCGAUUAUUUGAAAAACCAAGCUUGUCAACCAGUAAAAACAUUUUCAUUUUAUUGGACUGAUGGAUUUGUUGAAGGAACUACUGGUUUCGGAUAUUGGAUGGAUGGUCAACCAGAUAAUUCUGCAAGCGUAGAAAAUUGUCUCGCUUUACAAUCGACCGCAGCUUCAUGGUCAACUAAUUCAACAUCACUUCUUUUGGAUUAUGAGUGUUCAAGAACUAGAGCAAUGCUUGGAUAUGCGUGUGGACAACCAGCAACACUUGUUGAAGAUAAUGGAGAUGAUGAUGAUUAUGACGAAGAAGAAGACGAUGUUUAA